UUUUCCCAUUGUGCCACACUGAGGAGGUGUUUUUAUUGAGUUAUGUAGUACAAACCCUAAGAUUGCUUUUGUGGUUUGGACCCCAUCAAUGAUGGAAAAUGUUGAGGACAUGGAAAGCAGACUCCUUCUGCAGCCCUGGGCUUCUGUUUGCUUUGCUGAAUCCACUUUGAUGGUGAAGGCUUAUUUUGGAGAUGCUGGCUAUGCCUUGCUCCUUUGUGACCUCUGCAAUAUGUGGUAUGAAAAGACAGACACUCAGAUCAUACAACAGAGAUCAAAGGAUCUUAAUAAGCGACUGACGGCUCAUGUGUCCUCCUUUUUGAACCGCCUGCGCAGUCUGGUGUGUCCCCUUCUGGAAGGGCAACUGAGCAGUUCCACAUCCUUCUCCUGCCAGCUCAGCCCAAGCACACUGACUCUCCACGUGAAGAGUGAGCUCUCAGGGCUGCCUUUCUACUGGGAUUUCUACUGCUCUGCUGCCCCUGUUGAGAUGAUAUCCUGCCACCUUGUGCGACCCCUGAUGGCGAUGAGCCUGACAUUGCAGAGUCAGGUUCAGGAGCUGACAUCCUUGCUGCUCCAGAAGGACGCAGAGAUUGAAGACUAUCGGGAGAGUGGGGCUGCUCUUAGUCGAGAACGUCUGAAAACAGAACCUUUCAAGGAAGAAUUUUUUCUGCAGGCAUUUGAGGCCAAGACGUUGCCCCAAGUCUGCAACCUGGGAGAGGGAAACGUGUUCACUUCCAGCCUAAAGCAGCUAUAUGUGGCAGUGACCCAGCAGCAGGCCAGAGUGGCUUGCAAGCGACAGCGGGAAGCAUCAGGGGAUUCGGAGAGCGCGAAACAUGCCAACACCCAAGAUUUGCCAGAUGAACCUGAACCAGAAAAGGGAAAGGCGGAAAUGCAGUCAGCAGCAGCCCAGUGCACACAAGACACAGGGGGGUCAUCCACCCAAACCCAGAAGGCUCCAUUGCCCAUGACCAAGACCAAAAGGAAGAAGGCAAAAGGGUUGUUCAGUUGACGGAGGCAACCCUUUCACAGAGACAGACUGCUUCUCCAGGACUGUGUUUAUCGUGCGCAGCUGCGGGAAUACCACACAAACAUGGAUAUUGGCACUUUUAUCACUUCUUGGUAAUCGGUGUAGGCAGCCAAUGUCAACAUCUUUGAAAUGGAAGGAAGUUAACCUGGACUGCUAGCUUUCUAGGAGCAAGGCUGGUGCAUCCAACAGGGCUUGUCAUCCUCCCAUACUCAAAACUGCCAUUUGCUUUUCAGUUUUUUAAAAAAACCUUCUGAUGGGAGAAGAAACCAUUUUACUCUGUAAGGAACUAAAUGCAAAUUUGUUUAACUUGAAGGGUUUACUCAGCAAGAAAGCAAGGUGGUUCCUGUGCCACUUUUCCAUUCUGCUGUUUCCUCUGCCUACCUGCCUGCCUGCCCCCCCCAUCCCCCCAAGUCUAGAAGACUUCUCUCUGCCUCUUUGCUUUGUUCAUUCCUGCGUUCCUGGCCUGCCAGCACAAAACCUGGGAUCCUGGUGAAUCCCACUAUGUACAGUGAAGCUGAGCUGCAUCCCUCUUUCAACUUUGCUCCUGGAACCAGAACUUCCAAGAGGCUUUCUGUUUGAGGGCAGCGGCUGCAACCUCAGUGCCACAAACCCACAAGCGACAACCUAUCCUUGGGCCCCAACCUCCAGCAGCCAGAGGUGGAAUCGGCUGUUAUUCUCACCCUCCUCUUUCCCAUGUUGUGAGGAGGGAAACAAAAACAUCCCAGCUCAGUGCUUGCCACUUGUUUGUGUAGGGAAUGAAAAGGCCUUUGCAUGGCUGGCCCUGUCUGGUCCCAGAGCCAGGGAAGGAACAGAGCUGCUACCUUUUAUAUUUCCUUUGCCAGAAGUGCAGGUGGCAGGGCCAGGUUUGGGGGGUGGUGGUGGUGAUGGGUAGCCGCUGGGCACUCUUCUGCUGUCCCAGCAUCCAUUCCAGACACAAGCAGGAGCCCUGUACUGUCAGCCCUCACCUCACAGCUGGCAAUGGGGAGUGAGGAAGCUGAUCGACUGAGAAGAUCUCAGCACAGAUUCUUAGAGUAACAGAACACCCAUUUGUCACCCAAGGGCCCCCAACUGCCUCCUUAGCCAGUUCCCUGCUUCUGAUAUAUUUAAAGACAUAGUUAUAGUUUUAGCAAUAUGCUCCUCACAUUCUCAUUUUGCCCACAUUAUUACCAACUUACAUUCAUUUUUCCAGAAUCUGAGCCUUAUUAUUCACCUCAUUUGUGAAACACUUCUUUUUAAAAGAAGCUUUGGUGCAUCUUUGGUUCCUUGACUUUGCUCAUUAACCAUGCUGGCAUCCCUAGACCUUUCCUAACCAAGUGAUAAAUCUGAAUUUCAAUUACUGAGGAUUUAAAUAAUGUCCAAGAACCUUAAAGGAAUUUGACCCUCUUCACCCUAUUCAGCCUCCUUUGAACUAAUGCCCUCAUUUUCCUCUUUUGACAUCAAAUGUGGUCAUGUUGGACUUUUGCAACCUUCUAUCGCAUAAGUGUUGAAUUUAAGAGUAUUGGGUUCCCUGUUCCCAUUUGGUCUAACAGCUUGUAUCUUGCACCAAGCCCUAAAGUCCACUCAGAUCAAAUCCAGCCUUACCUCUCUAGUCAGUCCCAUAGCCAACUGCUCCAAAGAAGAAUAAUUUAUGGUAUCCAGAUAGUCUGCCUCUUUCUCACCUAUGCUUUUAUGUUUGUACUUCCUCUCCUUGGAUUGGCAGAAGAAUCCAUUUGUCUUGGAAAUUUCCAUUGCUGGCCUUACUGUAACCCAGUUCUGUCUGAUAAUUCCCUUGGUGUGAUUAGAUGGAUGUUUUAGUCUGCUUCAGCCUGAAGGCCAGACAUUAGCUUAGACUGUAGAAGUGCGGUCUUGUAAUGUUGUGGGCACAUUGGAGGAUUUAUCAGGGAGGACAAUGGAUUAACAGUGGCCUGCACAAGUGAACUGGUAUAGAUUUCUGGCCAAUAGGUGUUUUGAGGAGAUAUGAGGAAAAUAUGAUGAGCCUGAGAUGUAGUAUAUGGACAUCACAACUACUCAUAGCCCUGAACAAUAAGGGGGCAAAGAGAUAUUAUGAUACCCCCUUACAUCGGUAGCUGCCUUGGAUUGUGCGACUACGUUUUGAGUUUAACACUUCUGAAGGUUAAAUGUGGAAUUUUAGAAGGAACCUGAUGAAGAGGCACUCCCUCUUAGAAACAGCUGGAAUGAUUUGAUCACCAUUCCAUUACCCAAAAAUAUCAAAAGAGUGGUGUUCAGUUCAGGACAAAUAAAUGUCAGAGUAUUGAUAUUUCAGCACUCUACGCUGUGCCACGGAGAGAAGCACAUCUUACCAUGACGUGCAUCUGAAGAUUGCAUGGACAAAACGUUCGGAGCAAGAACUACCAGGCUAUGACCACCAAGCCCAGAAACCCCAAAACAGUCUAUUGAUAUUUCACUUUUUUUUAAAAACAAAGAGAACUGACCAAAACAAAACCUGAAGAGAAAAACUGUUCAGAUUUUGAAUUUGCAUGAGUAUUCUGAAAUCUCUACAAAACAAAUAUUUUCAGAAUGCUGAUGCUCGAGCACUGUAUUCCAAAUAAAAUAUCAAAUUUUGUAUAGA